AUGAGUUCAGGAAUGUCGCUGGACUUAGAACGUGUUUGCAACCCCUGGCUUCAUCGAUUUUUCACUCUUCUAUGUGAACGAGGUCUAGGCAAGGACCUUUCUGCUCAAACCGAUUCAACCACUAAUGACUGGCCUUCCCUAAAUCCUGAUGAUCUUCCUGGAUUGAGUGGUGUCCUCAGUAGAGUCGAAGAUGAACUAUCUAGUGGCAUGGAAUCUACACUGAAUCAGGUCCUCAAGGAGUUAAAUCGAGUUAUGCCCGAAAUUGUUCCAACUGCUGAUACAGCUGCUGUUCUUCAAGUGAAAAGGGCCAAUGGGGAGGAAGAUGAAAAGGCGGCCAAUAAGAAACGACGACGGAUCAUGGCGGCUGAUCUGUUUGGGAUUAAGGUGGAGGAUGAUGGAUUUGACGGUACUAAGUCUCAGAUGGAGGCCACGAAAGUACCAAGUAAUUUGCAAAUAGGGUCAAUCGAUCCUGUCAGGGAUUUCAAGCAGAUGCUAAAAGCUGGUCUCGUUAAUAAAGCUUGCUCUGAAAUGGAGGCCCACAUUCUACGCCUCAUUAAUGAUCCCCUGACGCCGGAACUUCUCCGCCCACGAGCUAUCCAGUGUCUUCGUAGUUACCGUGACACCGGUUUGAACUCCGGAACUUCCAUCGAAGUUCCUAACUCUUAUAAUGCUUUCUUAAUCAAAUGGCGACGGGAACUCGAAUCAACUCAAACUUCGAGUAAUCAACUAGCCUUCUGGAACGAUGUAAUCUCCACUGACACCUCCCUCGUACCAAUCAGUUGUGAUGAUUUGCUAGGCAUGACAAUGACUCCCGGAGAAGCGAAAUCUUUGAUCCAUGAUCCAUUGAAAAGGCUAGAAGACCCUGGAGACAAACCCGAUAUCGCUCAACCAAUGGCUUGCACCGAUGAUUUGGUAAGGGAGCCUCUCAACAACCGGGUGUGGGCCCUGGCAUGCUUUUGA